CGCUCCGUACAGCCGCGUAGACGCGCGUUCGAGACGCGAAUUUAAAAAUAUAACGUUCGAAAAUCGAAAAUAAUAAUUCCGAUAGCCGUUUCUUUUUUCGUAAAAAUUAAUUAGUGCCAGUGUUUUUAUUUUUUUUAUUUCAUGGUUUCUUUUAAGUGUUUUGUUGAAAGUGUUAGACUGUAAAGCCUAUCCUAGAGGUUGGAUUCCCUGGGAGAGCAUUGCUAUAGCAACGAAUGACGUCAAGUUCACGGGCGGUUGGUGCAUUUUUGUUCAAUAAUGAAUAGUUUCUGUUUCAUCUGACUGUGCGCAUUUGAAUAGUGCGGAUUUCUGCUAUCACUUUGGCUAUUACGUCAGAGCGUAAAGUGCCGGCGACCCAAAUGUUACGGUUUUAUGGAGAGCAGCACUUACACGAACCAUGAGUCUAAUGGCAAUAAUAAAGUUUGGCUACGCGCUAGUGGUGGUCACGCUCUUGCUCAUGAUAUGGGCUUCCCUGUCAAGAGCUAUAGAAGUGCACGUAGACACAGGCCAUCCGCCAUGCUUGUUCCAAGCGUUGUGCACGUGUUCCAAGCCGGCCGGGGACCUGGGCUACGUGACCUGCAACAACGUGCCCCUGCUGCGGAUCCCCUCCACCGUCAACAGCUCCAAGGUCUACAUGCUGCAGCUCACAGGGAACAAGAUUAGGGACCUGGAGCCACAAUUCUUUCAAGCGACACAAGGGCUUUACCGUCUGGCUAUAAACCAGAAUCCCCUGGAGACGAUCCACGAGGAAGCCUUCUACGGCUUGGAGAAGUCAUUAUGGGUGUUAGAACUAAAGGAAGACAGACUGACGUCAGUACCAAGCAGGUCGCUGAGGUACCUGCAGAAACUACGGACACUUGACUUGACAGGCAAUGAAAUAACAGAAGUAACGGGGGAAAGCUGGAGUGGACUGGAGAACACGCUACAGUACCUGCAUCUGGGAGACAAUGCCAUAGCCAAUCUUCCGCUCGAUGCAUUUUCGGGACUGCCCAUGUUAGAAACACUGGAUCUGCAUGGAAACCAUCUGCAGAUCAUUGACGGGGGAGUUUUUAGAGAUGGCAUGAGGAUGCUCAAUAGGUUGCUGCUAAAUGAUAAUCAACUGUCAUACAUUCCAUAUGAGGAAAUGUCGCCCCUACGCCAGCUAAGAUUUUUGGAUUUAUCCAACAACGUGAUCAAGCAAAUUCCACCAGUUCACGAGGUGAAUGGUAUCAGGAUGUCACUGGAAUCGUUAAAGCUCGACUACAAUCUCAUCAGAAUACUCCAUCCGUCAUCAUUUAAAUACUUUAACGUUUUGAACUCGACCAGUUUGGAUGGCAACCCUAUAUAUUCAAUAAGAGAAGAUGCGUUCAGAAGCGCCAAGAUCAAAUCACUGUCUCUCCGAGAUUGUGGUCUGUCGGACCUAUCUCCUGCAGCCUUCGCCGGUCUCGAGAACAGUCUCCAGAGCCUCGACUUGUCUGAGAAUAACCUAACAUCGAUAUCCAAAUUCAUGCUGAACAAGCUCGACUCACUUAGAUUCCUGAAUUUGAGGGAGAACAGAGUUGAUAUGAACUUGUUGACGUCAAAUUAUCCAUCUGAGUACCCACAAUCCGGAUUCAACAACUUCCAAUACAAACUAUUCUCUUUGGAUAUUAGUGGCACUUCACCAAUGGAAAUGAGUUUGCAAGAUUUCAGAAGAAUGAGAUCCCUUCGAGUUCUUUCGCUAAGCAAACUGAUCAGGCAAAGCAUAAGGGCCGAAGACUUUUUAGAUUUCGGCACAGAAAUAGAAGAAUUGAGGAUUAUCGGUAGCACCAUCCUCAGGAUAGACAGCAGUGCCUUCCAGCACGUCAGGACUAUAAAAUCGCUAGAUCUCUCCGAGAAUAACAUUGAAUUUAUCGAUCCGUUCGCUUUUGCUGAGUUGCACAGUUUAACAACAUUAAAGAUGGCAAAUGGCCUAGCAGACACAGUGAAGAUCCUUCCAUUCGAACCUCUGAAAGCGCUAAUAGAACUCCAGCAUUUAGACCUAAGCAAUAACAAGCUUAAGAAUGUUCCGGAUACGUCUUUCCAUUUUCUGUUCAAAUUGAAGAGCUUGAAUCUCCAGGACAAUGAUAUUGAACAUUUUUCUAAAGGAACCUUACAAUUCGACAUUCACGGUCAGCUUGAAAGUAUCUGCUUGUCUCAUAAUCGAAUGAGACAGGUCGAAAUGCACACUUUCGUAGAUCUUAAGGAAUUGCAAGAAAUUUCAAUAGAGGACAAUUUAAUUGAAACAAUCCAGAGGAGAGCAUUCACGGGUCUUGACAAUCUCCAAAAGAUAAAUUUGAGAGGAAACAGGAUCUACGGUAUUAGCGAGGAGGCGUUCCAGAAUAUACCAGCUCUGAAAGAAUUGGACAUCUCCUUCAACAAUCUGGACACUUUCAAGUUCUCCAUCUUCGACCAAGUAGGAUCAGCUACCGCUCUGAAGGUCAACGCAUCUUACAACAGAAUCGUGUCUCUCACCGAUUCCAAUGCUCCUAACUUCUUCACCAACAAUUUCUACCCCCCUAAGGCUCAGAGUAAGAACCCUUACUUUGAUCGCAUAGGCAUGGUUUCUGAGGAUGAAUUUGAAGCGGAACAAGGUUUGAGUACAGUGUCAGUCAAUAUCAGAGUGUUGGAUUUCUCUCACAACAAUAUUACUUAUAUUGCCCCAUUUUACUUUAGACACGUGGACUUAACUUUGUCAGAACUUUACUUGUCCCACAAUCUGCUCAGAAACAUAACUCGCGAAGUAUUUGGAUCAAUGGUGAUGCUGCAAUAUCUGGAUCUGUCACACAACUAUAUAUUCCACUUGGAGUUUGAUUGUUUUGCUAAAGUCAAAGCUUUGCAGAUUUUGGAUCUAUCUCAUAACUAUUUGACAACAAUGCCACCUGAAGUAUUCCGUGAUAUGCAAUCGCUAGCUGCAUUGGAUUUAUCUGACAAUCGUAUACGGCUUUUACCAGAUAAUUUGGUGAUAUCUUCACUUUUGGAGAGACUCGAUCUUUCAAACAACUAUUUAUCAAGAAUUCCUACUAAUAUAUUAGCGCCCGUGGCUGCAGCAAACCUUGUAGAAUUAGACCUUAGUGGCAACACUAUACCAGCCCUACCCAUGUCGGAUUUAGUACAGAGAUUCAGGAGUCACGACCAGGGCGAGUACUGGCACGAGGAUAUCGAUGACAGCGAAGAUUACAUGUACCACACGGCUAGCCGGGACCACACCAGAGUGUACCAUCAAAAAAAACAAAGCCCGCAGAAUAUACUGUACAAGUCAUUGGCCUGGUUGGAUUUGUCGGACAAUCGCUUGGUUCGUGUCGAAGAAGGUGCUUUUACGGCCUUGCCAAGACUUCGCUGGCUCGAUUUAAGCAAUAACCAACCAUUCAACAGCGGUGAACGAGGAAUAAGUGUCUUCAAAGGCCUUGAGAGAAGGCUGUUCCAUCUAAUGCUGAGAAAUGUCAGCCUUUUAUCAGUGCCUUCAAUGCCUCUGCCAAAGUUGAGAAGUUUGGAUAUGUCAUACAAUAACUUACCAUCGAUUCCUCCAGAUUCUAUGGCAAACUUAACACGACUACGAGUUUUAGAUCUCUCUUACAACGACUUAUCAACAGUUCCAGUUGCGACACAUUCACUAAAUGAUCUUCGAUGGCUUUCCCUCUCAGGAAAUCCUAUAUCUGCUCUCAUGAACACAAGUUUAUACGGAGUAUCGCCUAAACUGGAAUAUUUGGAUGUAACUCGAUUGAGAUUGCGAAUUCUUGAGCAUGGUACUUUCAGUAAAAUGUUUACUCUAAAGACCCUCAAAGUCACAUCUUUCUCCGGCAUGAGAGAAUUCAACGUGCCAAGGAUGUUGACUUAUAAUGCAGCAUUGGAGAACCUAUUCAUUGAAGUAGACUCCGUGGAGUUUGGAAGAGAAUUGAGUGCCCAGUUGCCGUCUAAACUUAACAACAUCACUAUUACAGGACGAAGUUUGAGAUAUCUUUCUCCAUAUCUGUUACUUGGUGUUCAAUCCAAAGAUCUAAGGCUCACAAUUUACAAUACGAGCAUAGAAGAAAUACCUAGCGAAGUAUUCUGGAGUCCAGGUCGGGUCAGAAAUCUGACUCUUGACGUGAGAUCUAACUACAUUAUGAAAGUGGCUAACCCUGGUCAGAAACCGUGGCCAGGUGUUCCAAACAAUGUGUUCCUUGAAGAUAUACUCGUUGCAGGCAAUCCAUUAGUUUGCGACUGUGGCAUUGGAUGGAUUGAGUCUUGGGAUCGCAAGAGGAGACAGUAUUUAUGUCAAAACCCGUUUAAAUGCAUCGGGACUAGAGAUGAUGUCAGAUUUGCUACUUGUCCUUAUUACGAUAAUAGAACACUUGGUGAUGUUCUGUCGAGAGAACUUGAUUGCGGUUGGAGUCGAGGAUUUUUAAGCUCACCAAAUAUUUUGAUUGUUUUAGCAAUGACAAUUGCCACGUGCCUGUAUAUAUGAGGACUCUUUUGGCUUCUUGAGGUGUAUGAAGAAUUCAAUCUUAUUUUGGCAAGGGUUUAUAAUUUUUAGAUACUUUUCUACAAUCAAUAUAUACUUACCAAUUGUAAAAGGUUGUCAGAAAAGUUCUAAAAGAAAAUUUAAUGGAAAGUGCUCGUUCGAAUAGAUUUACGCAGAUAUGUAUAAAUGUACAUAACUAUAGGAAUAAACAUCUCAUUUGACCAAGAGAUGAAGAAAGGAGCGAGAUAUCAAUAUUUUGAUCCAAUAGAAUAGUAUUUGUGGCUUAUACCAAAUACAUUGGAUGAUUCGAGAGGAAUAGUCAAAAUCUUAUUAAAUGUAGUGGAAUGGUGUGUAAUUAUGGCAGACGAGUAAUUCAAAACAGACUUGUUCAUAAGUGAUUUCAUAGAAUCUAGAGAAGCCUACAAAAUUGUGAUUUAUCGUUUAAAAAGAAAAGCAGAAGUGUGAUCUCAUGGGAUUGAAUCAGAAAAUGUUAUAUAUUAUAUUUUUCUUAUAUGCACCUUGUGUUGUGCCCCCGGAGAUCUAUUUUGAGUGUUUUAGAUUAAGAUUUGAUUUCUAUUACUCCGCAUUUUGUGCACUGCCUUACGUAUAAUGAUUGUGUUAACUUCAUAAAAGUUUAAAACAUAUUAUGUAUAUCUAGAUUAAAGGUGCAUUCUGAAUUAAGUGUGGAGAUUAUGUGUGGAAGUGCACUUAAUGUCUUUUAGGAGUUGCAUUUACGUCGUUGUAUAUGUAAGUUCACACGAAAGCAAUGACUUAAUUAUGAUCGUCUAAGUAGACUGCAUUCGCUCGAAUGAUAUGUGUUCGUCCAUUACUAAGAAUAAUUAUGUUAUUUAUAGGUGUAUUUGUUUAUGUAUUAGAAGACUAUAUGUAUCUAGGUUAAUAAGAUCAUUUGUAACUGUUUCCAUGGUCUUUUAUUUAAUAAUUUUUAAUAUAUUUCAAUCCAUAACAUUAUGUAAACAGUUAUUUAUCAAUUCAGAUUUUACUAAGUUGAAUUUAAUAAUGUAUGUACAAAUUUUUAAAAUCAGUGCAUUUUUCAUAGCGUCGACACGUUCAAAAUCGACUAUCUAUUAACGCUUUCCUAUACUAAUUAGGCUAUUUCCAUUGUUUAGCUGUUUACAAAUUCUAUCUGGUUAUUUAUUGGAUAAACAUAUUUUAUUACAUACGUCUAUGUGUCAGUAGCUAAAUUAUCUACAACGCAUGCUGUAAUAUAUGUCAUAGUAGAGACAGCAAUGAAAAAGAUAUACGGUUUUUUUCCAUAUGUUAGAUUUUCUGGUAUAUAUAGCAUUAACAACUGAUAUAUCUUUUUUGUUGUCUGUACAAUUUAAUUUAGAAUUUUAUGGACUGAAUUUAAGUGUUUCAGGGCUAUAUCGCUGGUUAUUGCUAAGAAAUGUUGUUCGUACAGUAAUUAUACUAACAUUAGUCCAAUGUGGCUUAUUUAGAGUUUUUAUUUUGCUGUACUAUUUUGUUUUAUAUGAAUUUUGAUAUCAACUAUACUUUAAAUAAUUCAGCUAUAUUCAAUUGUGAUACUAGUUGCAUGUGGAGGAUUGAAUUUUAGAUUUUGUUCCUUAAAGCAUGCAGCUCAUUUUCUAGGUUGUUGUUUUUCCAAAGAAUUCAAUUGAAUACCUCUUCUUCAGUGGUCCAGAUAUGGUGUCAGGCCUAAUUGUUAACUUUUGUUUUCAAUGCCAUUAAAUCCUUUUUGUUAAAAAAGCCUAUUUCAAAAAUAUAAUCUGAUACUUGAGUGUUUACCUUUCACAGCUUAUCAAAUCUCGCAUAUAUUCAAAUUAAACUUGCGCAUUUGAUUAAAUUAUUUGUUUAUUCGUGUCUGGUAUUGAAAACAAAGGGAUGUCGUUGUAACAAUGAAUAUAUUUUGUGAUAUAUAUUACUCUAAUCCUUCUAUUUUUGAUAAAGCCUACGACGAUAUUGCAGACUUGAACGGGAAUUGUAUAGUAGUUGAAUAUAGUAGCUAUCUCUAAUGUAAUGCUUCUUACAUCUUAUUCAUCUACAAAUAAAUUGUUAAUAAUAAACCUAAGAAAAAUGUUCUUCACUAAAAAAGUUAAGCCCAAAAUGCAAUAUUUAAUUUUGCCAAUUUAACAAGAAAUUAUCUUUUGAUAUUUUCUCUUGUGUUUUUAUAUGUAGUUAAAUAAUGAUUUUGAUGGAAAAAUAUUCAAACCAAUAUACUACAUGAAGUCACAUGUGAAAUCGAAAAUUAAAUGUUAUUAUUAUUAUUUUUUAAUUACAAAACUCGACAGCAAAAAUGAAAUUAUUUAUAAGGUAGCGGCCUACUCAAAGUGUAGUAAAAAGGAUAUAAUAAUAUGUCUCAAAUUUUCAUAUUGUUAAAUUUAUUAAAUAGAUCAUAAUAAUUAGAGUUUACUUACAAAAUGAUUUUUUUUUUAUAGUAAUAAUGAAACAUUUUGGGCACUUGCAAAAAGUAAAAUUACGACUAAUCAAAGUUUGUCACUGCAUUUCUGUGUUGUGUCAUCGGUAGUUACCAGGUACAUGCCAAAAUCGAAGUCCCUGGAUGUAAAUCAUUUCUUAUCAGUACCUAUAUAGUAUUAUGUCCAGCAGUGGACAUCAUGUGGGUGAGAUUAUUAUAAAGUUAGUCCAGAUUGCUAAAAUACAUUUUACAAUUAUAACUACAGAUUUAUCGCAUAAGUAACAUUGUCAAUUCUCAUCUCAAUAGAUAACUGUUUUCACAUUUAAAUUAUAAUACAAACUUAAUAUUACUUCUUCAUAGUAUUGCUUGGUAAUUCCUAUAAUAUCUGACAGCUCAGUCAUAGGAGAAAAACGUAUAUUUUAUUCCCAUUGAACUGUAAAAGUAAAAUCACAUAUAUAUGCUUUAAUUUGUGGGUCUGUUAUCUCAGAAUGCUUUCGACAUUACGUAAAACUUAAGUAUAUUUAAUAUACAUGUAAAAUUUCCAAUCCUACGUGCAAGGUUCCAUUGUGAUAGACAUAGCUAGUGCCAAUAAAAUAGAAUAGAUUGUAACAUAUAUGCUCGCUGAAAUUAUAUCUCUUUUAUAUGACGACCUCGGUGGCGCAGUGGCAAAGUUCUUGCCACUGAAUCGAGAGGUCCCGGGUUCGAUCCUCGGUCGAGUCAUGAUGGAAAAUGAUCUCUUUCUGAUUGGCCCGGGUCUUGGAUGUUUAUCUAUAUAUGUAUUUGUUAUAAAAUAUAGUAUCGUUGAGUUAGUAUCCCAUAACACAAGUCUCGAACUUACUUUGGGUCUAGCUCAAUCUGUGUGUUUCGUCCUAAUAUAUUUAUAUUUUAUUUAUUUAUUUAAAGUAAUGGAUAGAUGUCACGAAUGUAUGUUUUAUAUAUAGCAUAAAUAUCACACUUUUAUUAACCUACCAGUGUUUUAAUUAUUAUGUACUUUAUAAUAAACUCCGAAUGUUCCUCAAGAAUAUAAAAAAAUCUUAUCUAUUUUUAUUUCAAUAAAUCCUAUAAUCCAACUAAACAUUAUUAAAGGAGAUGUAAAGAGCGAGUAUUAUAAAAUACCUAUAUUCAUUAGAUUUGGAAUAGUUCAAAUUGAAUGUAUGAUAUUUUUUUCUUCUGUUGAAAAAAAAACGAAAAUCAACAAAAAAGUGAUCCAAAAAAAAAGAAUAAUAUAACUUUUAUUAUAUUUAUUUCAAGUCAAAGAACAAAGUUAGCAAAUGUAUUUUCUUAUUAGUUCAGAAAUUAAAAAAUGACGAUUAUGAUUAUUAUAUUAAUCGCUUUCACUAUCAUAAAAUGAAAAAAUAUACUUUUAUAUUUCAAAAAUUUCCACAUUUGUUUGAACAUUCCAAGCAUAAUAAGAAUGUAAUAAAAAUUUAAAUUUAACUUUAUGUAUACUCUAUAAAACUCUACUCUGUAAAUCUUAAUAAAUACUUUAUUCGGAAUAUCCUUUCAAAUAUAAACACAUGUAUGUUGAUGGAUUGUCAUUUCGUUGCCAUUUGAAAUUGUAGCUAUUUCUUUAUGAGAGUACUGUAUGAGGGUAGGACAACGAUGUGUUUUUGUCUUCACUACUUUUAACUGUAAAAAAUUAAAUAAUUUGAAGUAAUAGGUAAUCAUUGAAUUAUUAGCGUAUUAAUAAAUUAUUGCGUAAAACAA